AGCAGGUUGCAAAAGAGCUAAAGAGCUCAUAAAACAUAAGCCAUUGGAGACACUCAACUCUUCAAUGGCAGCCUUACACAUCAAGCUUUUUUGCAUCCUUCCUCUCCUCUUCGCCCUUGGCAUCAAUGCACAAUGGCGAGGGCUUCCUUUUAUCCCCAAUCCGCUAGUUUCACACCACGGAUUGGGUUUUAAUCUUGACCCCAGCAACGGGGGCCAAUUUCAGUUCUUUGACCCCGAGCCCGUCACUUUCAAAGCAGCCGGCGAUAAACCUAAACCCAACGCCGGGGGUGAACCCCAACCCGACGCAGGGGGUAAACCCAACGUCGGGGGUAUACCCAAACGAGCGGUCAUUAAAGCCGAAGAUGUUAAUGCUGUUCCCAACGCACAACCACAGCCGAACUUCCCUAUUGGCGAUAACCCGGGGGCGUGGGCGCUUGUUUCCAAUGACGCCGGUGUGUCUGCCAUGCAUCUAAAUGUGCUUCCCAACAACAAGGCCAUAAUGUACGAUGCCUCGGAUUUCCAUAUAUCGAACAUCAAAUUGCCCAACAAUGAAUGCCUUCCCUGGAAAAAUAAUAAGGGCGAUGCAGGAAACGAUUGUUUUGCUCAUGCAGUUGAAUAUGAUCUUGACAAAAACACAGUUAGACCACUCAAGACUCAGUUUGAUGCAUGGUGCUCAUCGGGAGGGAUUUUGCCCGAUGGUAGGUUCAUCAGCACCGGUGGUUGGGUGAACGGAUAUAGAAGCGCUAGAUAUAUAACCGCAUGCAACGACGGCAAAUGCGACUUCAAAGAGUACCAAAACGCAUUUGCAGAAAAUAGAUGGUAUGCAACUCAGAUAACGCUAGCAGACGGUAGGGUGAUUGUGGUUGGUGGCCGGAAAGCAUACAGCAUCGAGUACGUGCCACCAGAGGGACAAGAAAACAAGCAAUCCAUCUUCCUGCCUUUCCUUGACGAGACCACCGACAUGGACGAGAACAAUCUCUACCCGUUCGUCCACCAAUCUACCGAUGGCAACGUCUUCAUCUUUGCCAACGACCGCUCCGUCCUCCUCAAUCCCAAAACCAACAAAGUCAUCAAGGAGUUCCCCAAACUCGACGGCGGAUCCCGAAACUACCCGGCCUCCGGCAUGUCGGCACUGCUCCCCAUCGAGCUCAAUGAGCAGAACCCCCCGGUCAUCCCUGUCGACGUCCUCGUCUGCGGUGGUAAUAAGCGCGACGCUUUCAAAAUGUCCGCACAGAAACCACCAGUCUUCAUCCCUGCCUUGGACGACUGCGGACGCCUCCGGAUCACCGACCCUAAUCCGGUCUGGGAAAAGGAGGUCAUGCCCUCAAGACGUGUCAUGGGAGACAUGCUAAACCUUCCCACAGGUGAGCUCUUGAUGAUAAACGGUGCGAUGGCUGGAGCCUCAGCUUGGUGGCAAGCUGAAGAACCCAACUUUACCCCUGUGAUGUACAACCCCAAAUUGCCCAAUGGACAACGGUUCGUCAAGAUGGCACCGACAACUAUUGCAAGAAUGUACCACUCCACCUCGGCAGUGCUCCCUAACGGUAAAAUCCUCGUGGCAGGCAGUAAUACUAACCCGGGCUACGACUUCAAGGCCAAGUACCCAACUGAGGUACGGGUGGAGACCUUCACCCCACCUUACAUGGAUAAGGCUUUGGACAUCCACAGGCCGGAAAUCAACGCCCAGGCCUCCGACAACAAGCUUAAGUACGGCGCACCGUUCGGUGUCCAGUUCAAGCUGAACGAGCAAGACAAGCCUACAAAGGCUGACAUCAAGGUCACCGUGUACGCUGUUCCUUUCACAACACAUGGCUACUCCAUGAACCAGAGGCUUGUUGUUUUGGCGAACACUGAGCUCAAGGCAGAGGGAGCUGGUUUAUAUCGUGUCACGGCGUUGGCCCCACCAACCGGAGCGGUGGCGCCACCAGGGUCCUACCUGCUGAAUGUGGUUCACCGCGGAGUGCCGAGCACGGGAAUGUGGGUGACGAUUAACCAGUAAAACUGUGAUACAUGAAAAGCUAACUCCAAGGCUCUAAGCCUGAUAUAUUUGGUCCCUGAAAAAUUAAAAAGAGGAAUAUUUUUCUUAAUUAUUAAUCGUCUUCUUCAAUCCUUGUAUGCAUAUAUGCAUUUUUGUUAUAACAUUUUUCUCUUCAACUAUGAUCGAUGCACGUAGCUAUGAUUGCUCAUACUUGUUCGAUCUCUACGUCCAUCCAAGAUCAAUAUUAUGUUAAUACUUAUAUA